AUGAAAAACUUGAAAAUGAUCUCAUAAAAUUUUGUUCAAUCAACUUGGAUUUAUCAACUAGAUUUUGCUAAACGAUCAAAUUAAUUAAUAACAACAUUUGAGAAAAAUAGAAAAGAUACCAUCUAAUUCUAUUCAAUAGUUAAUUUAAACUGUUGUAAGAGACUCUAUGAAAUUCGAAUAAAUUUGCUUUAUUCAAUAAAACUUAGUUAUGAUGAAAAUUUAAUCAUAAUUGGAGGAUCUGAUUCAAUUGAUUUAUUUAAAAAUAAAUAAGCAGUAUGGUAAAAAACUUAAUCAAUAGAAUUGCCAAAUUGUUAUGCGAAGGAUUUAGAUAUAAAUUAAGAAUCCUCUAUUUUAAUAACUCUAUCUGAGGAGUCAAAAAAAAUAUUUAUACUUAAUCAAUCAGGCUUUAAAUGGGAAAUAGUUUAGGAAAUAAAAAAUAAGGAUUUUGGGAGAAAACUGUGUUUUAUUACUAAUGAAUCAUUCGUUGUGACUUUUUAAUUUAACGGUAUCCUUUUUUAUUAAUUCAACACUACAGACUUAAAAUUUUAAAUGACUAAAUAGAUCUUAAUUUAGAAAUAUUCAUUAGAGGAAUGCAAAUUCUUAAAGUUUAUUCAAUCAUAAUAAUUACUCUUACUUUAAUAUGGUUGUUAUUGCAACUUCAUUCAAUUUAAAGACAAAGAAUUAAAUACAGUUGAAUAUAAGUGCAAUAUCGAAUAGGGAUCCAUUAGACUAGUUUAAAUCAGUGAUGAUGGAAAUUAUUUAGUUACAGUUAAUCGGGAUAAUCAACUUGAUUUAAGAAGAUAAACUUAUCCGAAUUUCAAUUUUAAUCUUGUUCAUUCUUUUCCUUAAAUUAAUUAACCAACAGGAAUGGUAACUAAUCACGAUGCAUCAAUAUUGGUACUAACUUAUAAAGGAUAAUUUCAAGUAUUAAAGAAGGAUUGUUAACAAUUUAAUGUAAUUUAAAUAACAGAUUUGCAAGAUUUAAAUUGCUCUUGCUUAUAUUUUAUGAAAAACUCAAAUCAAUUUAUAAUAGGUAGCAUAGAUGAUGAAAUAACAAUUUGGCUUUGGAAUUCAAUCGAAUAGCAAUAUAAACAAUAAACCAAAAUAAUUGGCCCAUCAUUUUUCAUUAUUAUGAAUCCGAUCGAGGAUUUAUUAAUUUUUGCGAAAGAUCGGUAUUUAACUUUUUGGGAAAAGAAGUAGGAUGGAUUUAGCAUGGUUUAGAUAUUAAGGAAAUCUGAAUAUGUGCAUUCUUAGUUAAGUAUAAAUGAAUCUGGAACAAAACUAUGUGCAGUUUAAUAUGAUUGCUCUAUUGUUAUUAUUAUUUAAGAAGUUAAUUGGAAAUUGAAAAGAAAAUGGAUGUUUCAUUCUAAAAUUAAAACAGAUGCUAUUGGAAUCUAAUCUGCACUUCUUACAGAGACAAAACUCUUGAUAAAAUAAAAGAACAUAUCACUUUUAGAUCUAUAUGAACUUAACAAUGAUAAUAAUUUGCUUAUUAAAAUUAAAUAAACUUAAUUAAUUUAGAAUAUAGUUGAUGAUCAAAUUUAAUUUUUGCAAAGUUUAUUUCAUAAAAUAAUGAUGUGA